AUCAUUUCUGAAGCAUAAAAGUAGAGUCUUCGUGCACCAAAAUCUGUGUUCUGGUUCCGUGUUUCAUUCGUAAAUUCCGAAAUCUUCCCAUAGCCUAAUUCCCGUAACCUUUGUAAUCACUCUCUCUAAUUUAAUCUUCUCUUUCUCUAUUUUCCUGAAGAUUAGGUCGUAGAAUAACAUUCUGUUGGAUUCAUUUUUGUUUUAACGACAUGACAACAAUGCCCGAUCAAGCCACUAGCAUAUGCCCUCACUGUGAUCGGGCUAUCCCAGCUGCAAAUAUUGAUUUGCACUCUGUUCAUUGCGCUCGGAAUCUUGAAAAAUGCAAGCUUUGUGGUGAUAUGGUACCAAAGAUACAUGCUCAAGAUCACUAUUUAAACACCCAUGCACCGGUUGCCUGUUCAUUGUGCAGUGAAACAAUGGAGCGCAAUAUUUUAUAUAUCCACGAAGGUGAAAGUUGCCCCCAGAGGAUUGUCACCUGUGAGUUCUGUGAGUUUCCAUUGCCUGCAAUUGAUCUGCCAGAGCAUCAGGAAGUAUGUGGGAAUCGAACAGAGAUGUGUGACCUCUGUAACAAAUAUGUCAGACUACGUGAAAGAUACAAUCAUGAAUUCAAUUGCAACGGAAUACAAGACAAUGCUGCAGGGUCUUCAAGGAAUGAGAGGCCAGCUGAAAGAGAUGCGAACGAAUCCUCAAAAAGACGUCUUUUUUUCACAAUAGCUAUAACUGGUAUUGCCGUCAUACUCGGAUCUAUUUUUAUUCAGAGAAAGGCAGAACCCAGUAAUGUGCAUUAGCAGAUGAGAGGAAACAUGCUAUGUUAAUGUAAAUUGAUCUACCUGUAUAAUUCAUUCGUAUUCAACAGAAGUCGUAUGAGAUAAUACUUCAUUAGUACAUGGAAACACAUCGGCAUUGUGAUUGUCACUAAAUACCCGGUGGUUAUGCACUUUUAUUUUGAAAAUCACUGUAGUUCUGUAUUUGGAAAGAACUACCAAGAGAUAAAUUUGAGUCAUUGAUUAUAAUGAUUGCCAUUAGCUGUUUAUCUUUCAA